CAUGUGCCUCCUCAGCACUGAUCAGAUUACGUGACUUCAGAUAUUUCCCUUUUCUCUCUCGGUUUUCCCCUCUGUAAAGUGGAGGAGUUGGAAGAAAUGAUCUCAGAAGUUUCUUUCAGGCCACUAGGGUUCACAGGGUCUGGGAGGACCAAUGUCCCACCACCCCUGCUCCGGUGUCGGAGGAAGGGGUCCAUCUCCCCUACCCCCAUUUCCCUUCCCGGUAUCAGCCUAGUCCAGUUGAAGUUUCCAGCGCUGAGGAGGAUUCUUCCUCCAUCAGAGGGGACACAGGAUUUGCCUUUCAGCUUCAUCUAACCCAGGCUGAUCUCAAAGGAUGCCCCGGCCCUCCCUGUGCAGUUCCCCCGCUCCCCUGUCCAGAGGCUUCCUCCUGCCCUGUAACACUGUCCUCCCUUCCGUCCCCGGACUAGGGAGGGUCACUGCUAAGUCUGUCCUUAGCCGUGGACCUGCAGCUCCAGAGAGCCUUAUCCCAGCCGCUCUGACACCUCGCUCCUUUUUAAAAAUCCCUCCCUGCCCAGACCUCCUCCCGUCAUCCACCUAUUUCCCCGGUGCAGACUGGUGCCCGUCCAGUCCCAGCUCUUCUUCAUUCCACCCCACCUCCCACACCCCUCCCUCUACAAGCACGCCUGUGCCAAGGACUGUGGGGCCCGGCCUCCACCAGACACGUGCCAGCCCGGCUCUGGGACCAGGUAAAGGAGCUGGCAACUUUGUCAGAUGGAGGCUUAAAGGUUUCAGCUGCCUCUUGGCUCUUGGAAAGAUGGGGCUCUCCUGCCAGGCAGCAGGCUUCAACAUCUGGAUCCUCCUGGUAUUUGCAGCCUCUGCCCUCGGGGGCAGUGACAGGGGCCGGAAGAAGAUUGUUCAUGUGCUAGAGGAUGAGUCAGGGGCUGUGGUGGUCCAGACAGCCCCAGGAAAGGUGGUGACGCACCGAGGGGGAACCAUCGUCCUGCCCUGUCGCUAUCACUACGACAUCUCAGCGCACGAUGAAGACGAAAUCCGCCUCAAGUGGACCAAAGUGACUGACCCGUUGGCUUUUCGUGAUGUCUUCGUGGCCAUGGGCAAGGAGAGACGGGCCUUUGGCAGUUACCGGGGUCGGACAUCCCUGCAGGAGGAUGGUCCCGGAGACGCUUCCUUGAUUAUCCGAAAUGUCACACUGCAGGACUAUGGCCGUUAUGAAUGUGAGGUCACCAAUGAGCUCGAGGAUGAUGCUGGCAUGGUCAGCUUGGACUUAGAAGGUGUGAUAUUUCCUUACCAUCCCCGCCUGGGCCGCUACACGCUGACCUUUCCCGAGGCCCAGCGGGCUUGUGCGGAGCAGGACGGCAUCCUGGCGUCCUACGAACAGCUGCACGCGGCGUGGCGCGAGGGCCUGGACUGGUGCAACGCGGGCUGGCUGCAGGACGGCUCCGUGCAGUACCCCGUGGGCCAGCCGCGGGAAGAGUGCGGCCGCCGGGAGUCUCCCGUGGGCGUGCGCAACUACGGCUACCGCCACAAGGAGGACGAGCGUUAUGAUGCCUUCUGUUUCACGUCCAAUCUACAGGGUCAGGUUUUCUUCCUGAAGCCCUACCGCAAGGUGAGCUUUCCGGAGGCGGUGCGGGCGUGUGCGGGCAGCGGAGCCGCGGUGGCCAAGGUAGGCCAGCUGUACGCCGCAUGGAAGCUGCAGUUGCUGGACCGCUGCGAGGCCGGCUGGCUGGGCGACGGCAGUGUGCGCUAUCCCAUCGUCAACCCCCGGGCUCGCUGUGGAGGUCAGAGGCCGGGCGUGAGAAACCUCGGUUUCCCGGACAAGAAGCACCGCCUCUUCGGAGUCUACUGCUACCGCGCUCCCGGCUCCCCGGACCCAGGAGCAGCUCGCUGGGGCUGGGGCUGGAGGGACCCAAGCGCCUGGCGGCCCCUGCAUGUCUAGCUGGGGGCCGGUCCAGGGAGGGGCUCCCCCAGUGGUCACCGAGGGGUUUGGCAUUUGCCACAAUCCCGGGGAGGGACUUCUAAGUGUCGCUAUGGGGACCAGCACCCUUUUCUUCCCCUUGUGGGAAGGGGUUUUGUAAGAUGUUGCCAUGGGGACCGGCAUCCGAUCGUUCCUCCACCCCGGCCAGUGGGAUUUCUGGGUGUCACCAUGGAGACCAACAUCCACUUCAAUCUCCCCAACGAGGGCAUUUUUUUAAAGGUGUUGCCAAGGGGACCAGCAUCUGCUCCGCCCCCAGGGAAGGAGCUUCAGCCUCCACCCCUCCUCCCCUGGGGUGUUGGUGGUGAUGUCUCAAGACUUCAACCAGAAGACCAAUCUGCCCCGACCCUUUGUGGAAGGAUCCUAGACAUCCCUGAGAAUCCUGUUCCCUUCUCUGGGAAAAGAAGGGGUUCUCUACAGUCGCUAUGGUGAUGAGGGCUGAGGGUCCUUAGAACUGUUGCUAUGGUGACUGACCUUUGCCCCACCCCCUGAAGGAAAACUUCUGCUGUAGCCAUAGUGACUGGCUUCUCCCUCCACCUUUUGCCACAGUGACUGACCUUUUCCUUGCCGCCCUGUCACCCCUGUGGGGACUGAUACCCCAGCCUCCAGGUGGCAUCCACUUUGCCCGACUCCGCAGGCGGCCUCGGGACGUUGACAAUCGGGAAGCAGAACGCCUGGGUCCGCAGGACCUAAGAGCUGCUUCCUUCUCCCUUUCUCCUUUCCCCCUGAACUUCCUACAGGGACAGGCCACAGAAGCACUGGAUUUGGAGCUAAGGACCCCGCUCUGCCAGUUACUACCUGUGAUUUUGGGCAAGUCACUAACUGCUCUGGGUAACCUCUCAGUUUCUUCAUCCAUAAAAUGAGGGGUUCGGACUAGAUGACCUCUAAGGUCCCUUCCAGUUCCAAAUGUUUGAUCCUAUCUGGGAAGCAAGAGGAUUGCAUGCACCAGUCCCUUGUCCUCACCGCCCAGGGGUCAGCCUGGGGAGGAGAAGUUCUUCCCCAUCCAGGACCUAAGCUCAUCCUGCUUGCCUCCUUCUCUUGCCCCAAAUAAAAGUGCAGGUCCAACCCA